AUGAACGCCCCCGCCGGUUCCGAAAACUGGUCCGACCGGGACUGGUUUGACUGGUGCUACAACAACAGUGACAGCCUCGAAUGCGAGGACAUGAACAGCUACUACGAGUACCGCCUCAGCAUCGGCGCCAACGCGACCAUGCUGGCCCUCUUCUCCCUCUCGGCCCUCGCCUACAUCACCACCUACGCCGUCACCCGCCGCGGCCUCUCCUUCUUCAUCGCCAUGAUCCUCGGCGUGGCCUGCGAGAUUCUCGGCUACGCCGGCCGCGUCGUGAGCUGGCAGAACCGCUGGGACGAGAACGGCUUCCUCAUCCAGAUCUGCUGCCUCACCAUCGGCCCCGCCUUCCUGGCCGCCGGCAUCUACCUGUGUCUGCGCCGCAUCGUCUACGCCUACGGCGCCGAGAACUCGCGCAUCAAGCCCGAGUGGUACACCCGCAUCGCCCUCGGCGGCGCCAUGGCCUCCAUCGCCUCGACAAACGACGAGUCCUCCGAGACGGGCGACAACAUCAUGCUCGGCGGCCUCGUCUUCCAAGUCGUGACCAUGCUCAUCUUCAUGCUCGUGACGGCCGACCUGGCGCUCAACACACUGCGCCGCAGCCGGCGCCUCGGCGCCGCCGCCGCCCUCGACCAGGACCCGACGCUGUCGGCCGUGCGGGCCUCGCGCCUCUUCCGCGCCUUCCUCGCCGCCCUGGCCCUGAGCUUCGUCUGCAUCUUCAUCCGCUGCGUCUUCCGCGUCGCCGAGCUCUCCGGCGGCUGGACGGGGCCGCUCAUGCGCCGCCAGGACCUCUUCAUCGCCUUUGAGAGCGCCAUGAUCGCCACGGCCGUGCUGCUGCUCAACGUCCUGCAUCCGGCCUGGGCCUGCGCCCCCUUGCUCGAGGGCGUCGGCGGCCUCCACGUCUGCGGCCGCCGCGGCGCCAGGGAGAAGAAGGGGGCGCGGCCCGCCGGCGCGGCCCCGCGCGGACUCCGCCCUUGGGGCAAGAGCGAGGUUAGCUCUACCUCGGACGGCGUGUAG